GUAAUAAGAUUACUUUAGUUAAUCAUCUUCUUUAUAUUUGUUUCCAAUCUUUCUUUGAUGGAUUCAGUCUCACAGUCUUUCUCUCUCUAAACUCCCUCUCUCUUUCUCUCUCCAAAAAUCUGACUAUUUGUUUUGUUUUGUUUUGUGUCCAAUGCACAAAAGAAAGUACUAGCAGCAGUACCACCACGACCACCUCGAUCUUCGCCACUUGAGUUUUCGCUCUCUCCAUUUUCCAAACUCCUUUCAACUCAACCCCACUUUAGAAUGCCGCCGGUCUUUCGUUUUCCGAUCUUGGUCUCAGUCUCCGCCGUGCUCAUUUCGCUUUCCGCUGUCUACUGUGCUUUUCCGGCCAGUUUUCUCCAACUGGAGAGGGCUUUCCCACCCACUCACCAUGUUGAACUUAGCGCGCUCAGAGCUCGGGACGGCGUUAGGCAUGGUAGAAGAGUCUUGCAAGGUGGCGGUGGUGGUGUUGUCGACUUCCCUGUCGUUGGUUCCUCCGAUCCGUACCUCGUCGGGCUUUAUUUUACAAAGGUGAAAUUAGGCUCUCCUCCAACAGAGUUUAACGUUCAGAUUGAUACUGGAAGUGACAUCUUGUGGGUUACCUGUAACUCCUGCAAUGAUUGCCCCCAGACUAGUGGACUAGGAAUUAAGCUGAAUUUCUUUGACACUACUACUUCAUCAACAGCUAAGCUGAUUGGUUGCUCCGACCCAAUGUGCAAUUCUGCAAUUCAAACCUCAUCAACACAAUGCUCUGCUGAAAAUCAGUGUGUUUACUCAUUUCAAUAUGGAGAUGGAAGUGGCACAUCAGGUCAUUAUGUAACUGAUGCGCUGUAUUUUGACAUGAUUGUGGGCCAAUCAUUAAUAGCUAACUCCUCCGCUCCCAUUGUUUUCGGUUGUAGUACCUAUCAAUCUGGUGAUUUGACUAAGACAGAUAAAGCUGUUGAUGGGAUUUUUGGUUUUGGCCAAGGGGAAUUCUCUGUGAUAUCUCAGCUGUCAUCUCGAGCUAUAACUCCCAGAGUGUUCUCACAUUGUUUAAAGGGAGAUGGCAAUGGAGGGGGUAUAUUGGUUCUUGGUGAGAUUCUGGAGCCAAGCAUAGUUUAUAGUCCUCUUGUCCCUUCCCAGCCUCAUUACAAUUUGGAUCUACAGAGCAUAGCUGUUAAUGGACAAAUCUUGUCAAUUGAUCCAGCAGUAUUUUCUACAUCAAGCAAUGGGGGGACUAUUGUUGAUUCUGGAACAACCUUGGCAUACCUUGUUGAGGAAGCAUAUAAUCCUUUUGUCAGUGCUGUAACAAAUUUUGUUUCACAAUCUGUGACUCCCAUCAUCUCAAAAGGAAACCAGUGCUAUAUAGUUCCUACCAGUGUAAGUGACAUAUUUCCUCCAGUAAGUCUAAAUUUUGCGGGUGGUGCAACGAUGGUGUUAAAACCGGAAGAAUACCUUAUGCGUCAAGGUCUUGUGGGUGCUGCUGCAUUGUGGUGUGUUGGUUUCCAGAAAGUUCAGAGUGGUGGCAUAACAAUUUUAGGAGAUCUAGUUCUGAAAGAUAAGAUAUUUGUGUAUGAUUUAGCUCAUCAAAGGAUUGGAUGGGCUAACUACGAUUGCUCAACGUCCGUAAAUGUUUCUGUAACCACUAGCAAGGAUGAAUACAUCAACGCGGGGCAGCUCAGCAGCACGAGCAGCUCAUUGAGAGAAAUGCUCUCCAAGAUGCUACCGGCAAUCUUUGUUGCUGUCAUGCUGCUGCACGCCAUGGUAGUUCCAAUUUUGUAACUUAAAUAAAAAAAAUUGCACGUUCAUUAUAUUCCCAUUCCCAUUCUUUCUGAUUGCGUAUUUGUCCUCGCUGGUCUUUUAUUUAAUGUGAUCGGCGAGAGCACUGCGCUUAAUUUAUAUUGUUUGGAAUGCCAGAAUUGUAGCCUUAUAUUAUACAUGUACAGGGCAAUCAGUAGUUAGUUGAGUGAGGGUGUUGUAACCAUGUAAUCUUGUGGCCAUGGGAAAUUAAAGGCCAAAUAUGUAUUAUGUAGUGUUUAGAUAAGAGCAUAAUAGAUAGAGAGAAAGAAAGAGAGAGAGAGAGAUGUCUUUUGUGGUUUUCUAGUUAGUUAUCUCAUCAUUUUUGUACAACUAUUGUUACUUGGUAUAAUUACAACAAUUUCAAUGUGUACAGCUUCUUUCCUUUA